AUGAAGUGCACCCACACUGCUGAUAACCUCGAGCUGAAGUAUGAAGCUGCGAAGGCUACGCUUACAUUCGGUGCAACCGAGCCGCCCGCACCCGGCCUCCCCGCUUUCCAUACCAAGUUCCAUUUCGAGCCAGGAGCGAAGUUUGAUUCGUUCCUACACUUCCAUGUGUCGCACGCAGAGUACUUGUAUUGCGAGAAGGGCAGCAUACGCGUAACAAUCGGAGCAGUGGUCAGGAUAGUUGGGCCUGAAGACGGACAGCUUGAAAUUCCAGCUUGGACACCACAUCAAAGGGAGACCCUCGAGACAAACAAAGAGACGAUCGUCUGGGAGCGCACAGACCCUAACGACGGCCAGAAAGAGCUCUUCUUCCGUAAUCUCAUGUCCUUGAUCAACGAUUACAAAGGCUCACUGCCUUUCCUGCAAACGUUCAAGAUAUUCAGCGACUACGAUAACUACCCAGGGAAGCACGCAGGCGUAGCGGGAUAUCGCAGCGUGUACAAGGAGUACACACCGAAGCGCUUGCUCAAAAGCUAA